UAUUUUUUCUUCUUCCUUUUCUUCUUCUUCUUGGAUAAAUUCGGUGCGUUUCAUCGGUUCUCCUUCAUUUCAGUCGUCGUUUGCGCUCUAAACGGUUCGCAUUCACGGUGUUUGUUAAAGAAAAUAAAAGCGCUUCAGAAAUCUAUCUGCCAUUUCUGACAGCGCCAUUUUUCAAAAAAUACUUUUCAGAACGCACUUCACUGCCUCAGGAAAAGUACUACCCAUCUAAGAGGUAUUCCAUCCUAGAUAAAAGAAAAAAGAAAAAAUCCUCCCGUGAAUAUUAAGGGAUAAAAACUUCACCAUGAGGUACGCCAGUCUGUUGUUAGUAGUACUACUGGCGACGCCAUAUUGCCUGGCAGCCUCUCAGAUGAGCCUGUGUGGUUAUGGGGACGUCUGCGAAGCCAUUGUCUUCAACCAGCUCGCCCUGGCUUCUAUACGCGAAGAAAUGAAAGGCCUGGUGUCAGCUUUUAAUAACACGAAACUCAGUGGAGACCUUGUCCAGAGGAGUGAACUCACCGCCUGCGAGACGGAGAAGGAAGGUCUGCUCUCGCAGAUCCGGAGCCUGGAAGACAAACUCCAGGAGACGAUGCCCAGAGACCCAGCGCCUGACCCAGAGAAGGAGGAGCUCAAGUUAACCGUCGAGAAGCUGAGAGACCUCAGUGAGCAGUUUAAGACCGAAGCUUCUCAGCUUGAGGGGGAGGUCGCCAAGCAUAAGGAGCACAUAGAUCAGCUUAUCAAGAAUGUGAGGCCCGCUGACUGCGCUGAUGUUCAAAUAGAGGACAUACAGAGAGCGGUGUCCUACACUUUGUACCCUGACAGAACACUAGAGACCAAAGACGUGUACUGUGACCUUGAAACGGAGGAAGGAGGUUGGACCGUCUUCCUGAAACGCCAACUGCAGCCGGAACCCGUCGACUUCAACGAGUCUUGGGAGAACUUCAAGAACGGAUUCGGCAGCGCCGCUGGCGCCGAGUAUUGGCUCGGAAAUGACGUCAUCCACUCGCUGACGUCACAAGGUCCUUCCACAUUGCGAGUCGAAGCCGAGAGCUUUGCGGGAGAGAAGCGUUGGGCCGAGUGGAACCUGUUUAACGUGGCCGAUGAAGCGAACAAGUACCAGGUGACCUUUGAACAGUACCAGGAGACCAGUACCUUGGGAGACAGUCUGUCAAGUAACAAUGGGAGUUUCUUCACAACUUUCGACAGGGAUAAUGACCACCAGGAUGAGCUGAACUGUGCCCUGGGUUGGUUCGAAGCAACUCCCUGUGGGGCAAGGGGCGGCUGUGGUACUUCGCCUGCGGAUCUGCGCGUCCCACCGCGCCCCUGA